AUGACGCACACUGGACAAGCGGUACGGACUGAUCGACUGAAAGAGAGGGAAACUUUAGUUCAGAAAGGUCAGUCGUUUAGAUACUAGAACAGUGUGCAGUCAGUGCAUGUUCAGUGUGUCUAAUAAUUUACGCACGCUUCUCUCUGGAUAACUGGAGCGGCCCUUUUGCGCGGAGCGAUGGAGCUUUGGGGGUUUAGGAGUUUUGCGGUUUGGAUUUCAUUGCUGACGGGUUUCACUACGGCCAGUUACUCAGAAGACCAGUGCAGCUGGAGGGGAAGUGGUCUUUCUCAAGCCGCAAAAAAUGUGGAGCAGGUUUGGCUGCGGUGUGCAGAGGGCUCGGUCGAGUGGCUGUACCCCGCUGGAGCGUUACGUCUUACUCUUUCACCCCGACUGCCAUGGAGUGCCAUGGGCCCGGCCGUGUCCAACAGAAGCCCGGUGUCGGCCUGCAUAAAGCCAGAUCCGCACUGGGGUGGGGCUCAACUCUACCUGGAGCGAGAUGGGGUUCUGGAGCUUCUGGUGGGAGAUGAGGGCAAGACGCCCGGCCCCACCCAUGUGCGCUGCUUCAGUGCCAUGCCUGGAGAACGACCAGCCCUCUUCCUCCAAGCAACACCCCAACAGGACAUUAGCAAACGCAUAGCAGCGUUUCGCUAUGAGCUGAGAGGGGACUGGACAGCGCAGCCAUCGGUCAACACCGAUCCAAUCAGCAGCAAAGGAGCUUGCAGACCGUGCAAUAACACUGAGAUUUUGAUGGCUGUAUGCACAAGUGACUUUGUGGUUCGUGGAAAUAUUCGUUCAGUGGAAAAGGACUCGGAUCUUGGGGCGGCAGUGAUCAAAGUGAGCGCCACGCGAGUCUACCGACAAAAGUUUGCGCUGUUCCCUGAUAGCGGCCGUCUGAUGCGGUCAGGAGAGAUCCGUACACCGUUACAGUGCGGCGUUCGGCCUGGCUCUGGUAGCUUCCUGUUUACUGGCCGUGUGCACUUUGGAGAGGCGUGGCUUGGCUGUGCUCCACGUUAUAAAGACUUCCUGAAAGCAUACGAGCAGGCCAAACAAUCCCUUACGAUCCCUUGCACACUGGUGAACGACUGAGGGAAGAACAUAGAUCACGAAUGAGCAGAAACCAGAUGAACACUUGACACUGUCACAUAAUAGUUCAUCUGAGACGAUUUGCUGUGAAAUUAGGGAUCCGUCACUCCUAGUGAGAUUCCCUGGAAGAAAGACAAGGUUAAACAGAGACUCUGUGACACAGGAAGAAGUCUCACUGAAGUCCUUUGGAUCAAGAAUGAUAUCUGAAUAAGGACAUUCGGGGUUUAAUGUGUGUUGAUGUAUCUAAUCGCACUGGUUUAACCCUGAGAGCCCUGAUUUCUCACUACAUUUAGGGGCCCUAAGCAGGGCCCUUGUUGAAACUCAGGAAAUUGUGUCUUUGGACACUUUGUGAUAUGAAUGUCAUAUCAUCGAAAUAUCCAAAGUCAUCAUGGUGUAGGGAGCACACUCCAAACCCCGUAAAUAAGCUGGACGCAAUACAUGUAGCGCAGUCGUUUUCUGCAGUAUUUAACGCCACCUGAAAAACAUUUCGAUUUUUCAAUAUAUAUAUAUUUUUUACAUUUUUAAAACACUUGGUUGAGAUUUUGUAUUGAGAGUAUAUAUAUUUUUUCCAUUUCAGAAUUAAAAAAAUAAAUAAAUAUAAUUGUCUAAAUUUGCACUGGUAAAAAGAUGGAAAUGAUGGCGAGAUCGCGAUGCUGCAGGAUCUGAGAACCAAAAUGCAUAUGUAUAUGUAGCAUAGCACAGUAAGAUGUUUUAUAAAUAUAUAUAAAUAUAAAUAUAUCAAAUAUGAAAUCAGCUAUAGUUUAUAUGCUAACAGGCUGAAAAUAGCAUCCAGCUAACGUGAAAGUAAAAGUAACGAAAAUGGACACAAUAGUGAUGAUACAUGCAUUACUCCACGGUUACAGAUAGCAUGCGCUGAUUACCUCAUUGCUAACAUCAUGUUUUCUACCAAUAGUUUGCUUUUUAAAGUUUCUGACUAAUGUUAUCAAGCUGAUACCAUUAACCGUUAGCGAUACAUUAUGGUUACACUUGUGCUAGCCUAAAACAGUCAUACCGCCACAUUAACUUAAUGUAGUUCAAUGCUAGGCUAUAAGUUGUAUUUUCACGUAGCGUUCUGUCUUGCACUCAGCCUUUCAAAGUAUACUCAUUUUAACACUAGCAUAUAAAGACGCGUAUAACACAUGCGCACUACGACUGCCACACGCAAAGAUGUGGACCUAGAAAUACUAGGAUGCACGCAGACAAUCCGUGCGUACUGUGCUAAUGACGAAUUUUGCGACGUGUACUGUUGCGUGAAAACCGAAGUAUAUUUUGGACUUUAGGAGGAAGCAGUUCAGAGCACUUUUACUCUGAUGAAAAUAUGAUGCCUUUAUCUUCUGUUAAACGAAUAAAGUUGCAUUUACACUGACCGCGAUUUACAGCAAUUCAUUCACUUUCGAUGGCGUUGAUGAUGUGACAAAGUAGACUUCAUGCAAAUGAGCAAUGAUGCAAUGCGCUAUCUGCCAAUGAGAAUGCAGACAGUGGAGGUCUCGUAAUCCGCCUCCUAAAACCAUUCGAUUCUCUCGCCAACUGCGCAAGUCUUGGCUACUUCUAACGAAUAAAUCUCUGUCUUUGUGAAUGCAACUUAACAGGGUACAAUCAGAAGUCUGGACAAAGCUAGAUAUUAUUUGUAGUUAAAUACUAAAUAUAUAUGUACUUACUAUAUAAUCUAUAAAGAAGAUUCACUGUCCUCAUUCGAAUUCCAUUCAUCCAAUGUUGCUUUUGUCCAUUUAUAUCCAGCAUUGUCAACAACGUACGUGCACUAAACAAAUGAACAGAGAAACCAAACAUGGUGAGUGAACAGAAAUGCAAAGCUGCCAUAUUUUAUGCUGCCUGUGUUAUUAAUGUUGAACUGUGUCUUUAAAAAACUAUUUGACUGCUGUAUGUAACUAUUGAAGAAAUAUUGUUAACAUUGUAGAGUUUGUAUGGAUGUCUGUUUAA